GAAUGUUGUCAGGUUCUCAUCUUUUCUCAAUGGAUAAUCCAUACAGUAAUUGAAGUUGACCUUCUAACUUCUAACAAUCUAACUUCGAUCUUUGGUUCUGAAUCUUGAGAGGAUGAAGCUCAAGACUUCACUUUUACCAAUCUUCUGGUUUUGUCUCAUAACCUUAGAUUCUGUUUCCACACAAGAUAUCUGCUUCAAUGGAUUCUUUAAACCCAACUCUACUUACGACUUAAACCGUCGUCGAAUCCUCUCUUCUCUUGCUUCUAAUGUCACAUCUCACAACGGCUUCUUCAACUCCUCCAUCGGUCAGAAUCCCAACAGAAUCUUCAUCAUUGCCAUGUGUAUUCCAGGAACCAAACCAGAGACUUGUUCAGAUUGCAUCAAAGGCGCAUCAGACAGCUUAUCACAGAGCUGUCUUAACCAAACAGAAGCUUAUACAUGGCCAGAUUGUUGUAUGGUACGUUAUUCCAACGUUUCCUUCUCUGGUUCACUCGUUAUGGAGCCAUCUGAAUCCCUUUACAAUACCGGAGAUAUCGCAGAUACCGAUGCUAAUUUGACAGUGUUUGAUAGAGUAUAUGAAGAGUUGAUGGUCCGUACAAUAGCUGCAGCUUCGUUGAGCAAUAAUGGAUCAUCAUCAUUUGGACAAAAGUACUUUGCUGCUGAGGUUGCUUUGUUGACAACUUUCGAAACUAUGUACGCGAUGAUGCAAUGUACACCUGAUGUUUCUUCAAAGGAUUGUGAGUUUUGUCUGAAGAAAAACGUUGGCGAUUAUCUGUCGUGUUGUCGCGGUAAACAAGGUGGUGCGGUAAUAAGGCCGAGUUGCUUUUUCCGGUUGGAUCUUUAUCCUUAUGCUGGAGCUUUUGAAAAUGUUACAUUGCCACCGCCUAGACCGCCGCAGGGUUUACCUCCGCCACCGCUUGCUUUGACUCCUCCGGUAAGCGAUCCGGCAAAUACAACUGGCAAAGACGGGAAAUCAAUUUCGAUAGGGACUAUUGUGGCAAUUGUUGUCCCUAUCACCGUUAUCUUGGCACUGCUUGUUGUAGGAUUAGUGGUUUGUAAGAGAAGGAAAACACACAAAUCAACUGAAGUUCAAGCUGGUGAUGAGAUCACAACAACAAGCUCACUGCAAUUCAGUUUUAAGACGAUAGAAACUGCAACUGGUAAGUUUUCGGACAGUAACAUGAUCGGUCGAGGUGGAUUUGGUGAAGUUUACAAGGGAGAGCUUUUAACUGGUACUGAAGUAGCAGUGAAGAGACUAUCGAAAUCAUCAGGACAGGGCGCGCAAGAGUUCAAGAACGAGGCUGUUCUUGUGACAAAGCUUCAGCAUAGGAAUUUGGUUAGACUUCUUGGAUUUUGUUUGGAAGGAGAAGAAAAGAUACUCGUCUAUGAGUUUGUACCCAACAAAAGCCUUGACUAUUUCCUGUUCGACCCUGCAAAGCAAGGUGUACUGGAUUGGACAAGACGGUACAACAUUAUUGGAGGGAUUUCUCGAGGGAUUCUAUAUCUUCAUCAAGAUUCACGGCUUACAAUCAUACACCGUGAUCUCAAAGCGAGUAACAUUCUCUUAGAUGCCAAUAUGAACCCCAAAAUUGCAGAUUUUGGUAUGGCGAGGAUUUUUGGAGUUGAUCAAACUCAAGCUGACACAAGAAGAAUCGUUGGAACAUAUGGUUACAUGUCACCAGAGUAUGCAAUGCGUGGGCAUUACUCCAUGAAAUCUGAUGUCUAUAGCUUUGGAAUAUUGAUUCUUGAGAUUAUAAGUGGAAAAAAGAUUAGCAGCUUCUGCAACAUUGAUGAUUUUGAUGAUAAUUUGGUCACACAUGCUUGGAGGCUUUGGAGAAACGGGUCACCAUUAGAACUCGUGGAUCCAUCCAUAGGAGAGAGAUAUCAAAGUAAUGAGGUUACUCGAUGCAUCCAUAUCGCACUACUAUGUAUUCAAGAAGAUCCUGCAGCUCGUCCAUUGUUACCUGUGAUCAUGGUGAUGCUCACUAGUAGCACAACCUCUUUGCCUGUGCCUCGACCGCCCGGAUUUAUCCUCCCAAGCAGGCAUGGACUGGACCCUGAUAACUUGGAGUUUAUCCAAUCCACGAGCAGGUCUAUUACUGGUUCUAUCAAUGAUGCAUCGAUUACAGAUUUAGAUCCUCGUUGAAGAAUGGUGUGUUUCUUGGAUCUAGAUCUAAGAAAGUGACUGAUCCUUCUAUUUAUUUGUAAAGGUUUUUACUUUGUAAAGCUUCAAAGUGAGUAAGAACAGAGAUAUG